UAAAAUACUUACUCCUCGAUCUCAUUCGAGGUCUAUUCCAUUCCUUUAUUUCACCCCAAACAAUAUCCAGCUCUUCUGGUGAAGGGGCAGUUGGUCAUUCUAUCAUUUAUCGGUCUUGCAUCACCCUUGUUUUUGACUUACAGCAUAGCUCGCGAUGAAGUCUUACACACUCCUUUGCGCAGCUAUUGCGCUACUCCAAACUGCCGUCGAGGGUAAAGAUGUCGUUGUUGAGUCUUUACCGAAGGUUCCCUCUGGUUGGUCUAAGGUCAAGAACGCGCAUCCAGCCCAAAAACUCAAGUUGCGAAUUGCUCUGGAACAGCCUAACUUGGGUCACUUUGAGAAAACUCUCUAUGACAUCUCUACACCACAGAAUCCUCUUUACGGACGGCACAUGUCUCGUGAUGAGGUUAAGGAGAUGAUGAAGCCGCGAGAAGAAUCCACUGCUGCUGUGCUAGAAUGGCUUCAGACAGCCGGUAUCCCCUCGUCCGACAUCGAGAAUGAUGGUGAAUGGAUCAACUUCAAAACCACCGUACUGAGAGCGUCCAAUUUGUUGAACACCAAUUUUCAAGUGUACAAAAACGCCGGCACAAAUGCCCAGCGAGUCCGGACUUUGCAUUAUUCCGUUCCCGACGAAGUGAGACCACACAUCACCAUGAUCCAGCCUACCACUAGAUUUGGCCAGAUGAAACCGCAAGCUGUCCAAGUCUACGAGGUUAUCGAGCAGCAAGAGGUGGCCCACAAAUUUCAAAUCGCUGCUGAAAUUCCUAGCCAGAAUCUCAACGUGACUUUCUGUAAUUCUACCGUAACUCCUGAAUGCUUACGCGCCCUCUAUAACGUGGGUGACACGACUGCGGAUCCAGACGUACCAACUAUCUUUGGUGUCAGUGGAUUCUUGGAUGAAUACGCCAAACAUGACGCAUUGGAUACAUUCCUUGGCCAAUUCGCUCCGUAUGCCGUUUCCCAGAACUUCACUACUGUGUUGGUUAAUGGUGGUCUGAACAACCAGACUGAUUCGGUCGACGAUGAUGUCGAAGCUAAUCUAGAUAUUCAAUAUGCGUCAUCAUUGGGCUUCAAUACCCAGAUCCGAUAUUAUUCCACUGGUGGUCGUGGUCCAUUAAUUCCUGAUCUUGACCAACCUAACGCAAAAACUGGAUCCAAUGAGCCAUAUCUCGAGUAUCUAACUUACCUUCUAAAUCUGGCUGAUGAGGAGCUGCCUCAUACCCUAACUACGUCAUAUGGCGAAGAUGAACAGUCAGUGCCGAAGGCGUACGUCGAAAAAGUAUGUACCAUGUUUGGCCAACUGGGUGCUCGUGGCGUCUCAGUUCUCUUUAGUUCUGGAGACACCGGCCCGGGCAGUGCGUGCCAAACUAAUGAUGGCAAGAACACUACGCGUCUUCUACCGAUCUUCCCUGCAGCCUGCCCCUAUGUUACGUCGGUGGGCGGUACCAUAGGUGUAGAACCCGAGCGAGCUGUUUCUUUCUCGUCUGGUGGCUUCUCGGAUGUUUUCCCAAUCCCCGACUACCAGAAAUCAGAAGUGGCUACGUACCUCGACAGCAUUGGCGACACGUUCAAAGGACUGUACAACCCAAGUGGACGUGGAUUCCCCGAUGUCGCAGCUCAAGGACGAAAUUUCAACGUGUACACUCAAGGGCAGCUCAUCAAAGUAGGCGGGACGUCGGCUUCGGCACCAACCUUCGCUGCUAUCAUCAGCUUGCUCAACAACGCACGUAUCAAGAGCGGCGAGAAACCCCUGGGCUUCUUAAACCCAUGGCUUUACAGCGAUGCCGUAAAAGGUGGUCUCACUGACAUCAAGCUGGGUGGUAGCAAGGGAUGUACUGGCACUGAUAUCUAUAGUGGCUUACCAACGCCUUAUGUCCCGGGAGCAGGAUGGAAUGCUACUGAAGGAUGGGACCCGGUGACGGGGUUGGGGACUCCCUUGUUCGACAAGUUACUUGCAAUGGUCGCACCGAAUGCAAAUCUUCCAAGUGUGGCUUGCAAGGACACGAGCAACUGCAUCGUCGAGCGUUCCUAGUUAACCAAAUAGCGAAGAAAAGGUUUCCGGCGGCUAGCAUCAUUACUUUCAAUAUCUGAAUGUUGGAUAUUUCAUGAUAAGGGUCCGGUAUCGAGUAAAAUUAUCUUGUAUUAGACAUACGCUGUGAAAUAUAUUCUAUUCUUCAUUGAUACAGAUACUGUUUUAUGAGACGACGUAUUUCAUUAUAGUUGAGAUUCUAGGUGAUACUUACACUUG